GCAUGCGCAUUUAACCAUCGCAAAGAUGGCGGAAACUUGAAAAGCUGGAAAGAAGAGAAUGGAGAAUGAUUCUGUUUUGACCAAAGGGAAUCAAAGAAAAUGAAUCAAUCUAAACAGUACAAUGCAACUCUACCCUUAAGUGUUGAUGACAGCCUGAACACAGAUAAGCUACACAUGGAGCUGAACUCGGGACCAUACCUAGAGUACCCGGACGGGACUGUGCCAAUGGUGACAAAAAUGAACACAGGUCGGAUGUCGCCAGUUCGGUCCAGGACUAUGAAGGAAUAUGAUACACAAAUAACGGAUUUAAAGAAGGAAAACUUCAACUUAAAACUGCGUAUCUACUUUAUGGAGGAGAGGAUGCAGCAAAGGCUUGGAGAUGGGGACGAUGUUUUUAAAUUUAAUAUUGAGUUAAAAGUAGAAGUAGAGACCUUGAAGAAAGAAUUGAAAGAAAAACAAGAAUUGUUGCAAAAGGCCUCUGAAGCAAUUGAAGCAUUCUCAGCCAAACGUGAGGAAGACAUGCAAGAAGUCCAUGAAGAAAUGGAGAAAGAAAUGUGUGACAUCAGGCAGAAACUGGAAGAGGAAGUGGAAAGUAAAAAGAAGGAAGUUGAAGCUUCCCAGAAGUCAUUGCAGGAAGCAACUCAUCAGCUGACAGAUCUUGAGUACCGGAAUGAACAACUUCUGAUGGAGAUCCGUCAUCUGGAUCAAUCCAAGGAAAUCCAGAUGCAGUCACUAAAAGAAGACUUGGUUGCUCAAAAUAGGGAACUUACAGCCCAGAUUGCAGAGAACCAGAAAAACCUGGCAGAAAUGGAUCAUAUUCUUAAAAUCAAAGAGGAUCUUGAAGUUAAGGUUGAAUCCAUGGAGAAAGAGUUGUCCCGAAAAGACAGAGAUAUGGAGCAUUUGUCAUGUAUUGUCAAAGACACCACACAGUUAGAAAGUCAGUCCUUCCUGGCCCCCAGCCACCUGCAGGAUGAAGUUGAUGACCAGAGAUCUGAGUUGGAAACAUUAAAAACAAAAGUGGAAGAACUAAAGCUGGAUGCCAACAAAAAGAAUGAGAUGAUUGGAAAACUGGAAGAUUUGCUGAAAACAAAUGAAGAAGAAAAGAAAGAUGCUUUGAGAAAGCUGGAAGAUGCAGACAAUAAACUGAAAAAGCAAACUGAAUUACAACCUGUUUGGGAUUCCACGGUGAAAGGUCUGCACCAAGACCUGCGGAAGAGAAACAAGGAGGUGGAUGACUUGAAGGAUAAGCUGGAGAGGAAGGAAGAAGAACUACGACAGUGUCAUGAUACACUACAUGCUGUGUCUAUACAGAAACAAAAGGAGGUUGACAAACAGUAUGAAGACAUUACGUUUUUAGAAGACAAUUUGUCCAGCAUGAAACUACAUCUGAAGGAACGAGAGCUGGAAGUAGAGAAUCUGCUGAGAACUCUGGGUAAAAAGGAAGGAGAGCUGGAGGGGUUUAAGGAGCUUUUGAACAAAGCAGAGACUGCACUGCGACAGAGUGAAGAUGCUGUACAGGACCUUCAGUGUCAGCUGAGGAAAGAGAAGGAGACUGCAUCAGAAGAUUACAGAUCACAACAUUUACAGUUUAAGAUUGAUGAUUUGGAGAUACAGCUUCAGACCAAGGAGAAGAUCAUCCUGCAGUUGUCUGAGAGUCUGAAGGACAAGGAGAGACAGAUGCAGCAGUGUAUGGAGAUCUUUAGACCAACUCCCCAGGAGGACACCUCAAUAAAAGAUAAAUGGAUCAGAGAGUUACAGAGUAGACUUCAAGAGAAGGAAAAAGCUGUAGAGGAGUCAUUGAAUGAGAAAAUAAGGCUAGCUGAUGACAAGGAUGCAGAGAUUCGACAACUGAGGCGUGAAAUUCGUGACAAGGAGCAUGAGAUGGAGAGAGCCAAUCAGAUGUUACUGACAGCAGAACAGACCAUUGAGUGUAUAGAGAAAGAAGGAAAUGAAAAGGAUAAGACUUUAAAACAACUGACAAACUCUUUGAAGGCUUGCCAGAAGGCUCUAGAGGAUGCUGUGACAGAACACAAACAGGUGAUUAAGAGGAAAGAAGAUGAAAUAGAGAGAUUGAAGAAAGGAAUGAAAACUCCAGAUGCAGAACUCAAGGAUACAGAUAAUGCGGAGACAAUGAACAGUUUGCUGAAGAAAUUACGGGACAAAGAUGAAGAUCUGCUGACACAAGCAGAAAAACAUGACGAUGAAAUGAAUAAGCUGGAUAAGGAAAUUCACAACCUCAAAAGUGAGCUGGCUGAGGUCCAGCGAGAGCUUCAGUCAGUUGAAAACAGAUGUGGUUGGUCAGAGAAACGAAAUGAAGAUGCGCAGGAGGAAUUGAGACAGGCACUCAAGGAGAAAGAGAAAAUGAUAGAGGCCUUAGUUGCCAGUGGACAAGAAAAAGAGAGACUGAUAGCGGAAUUAAGAGGAAUUCAAUCUGGUUUGGACGCUCCCAGUCUACAGAAUCAGCUGGAAAAACUCAAAAAUGAAUUGCAGGACAAAAAUGAUUUGCUUGAUUCCUUGAGAUUUCAUGAAAAUGAACAAGUUCUCAAUGGUAGGAUAGGAAACUUGAAGUUGGAACUGGAAGCUGCAAAGGAUGAUCUACGACAAGCAUUCAGGAGAGAGGAAAUGCUCAAGCAGGAGUUGUAUGACCUGAAAUCAAAACUAGUGUCGUCACCAGGAAGAAUAGGGGAGACCCACAAAGUCGAGAUAGAAGUAAGAAAUGUCAGUGACCGUUAUUCAAAUCCUAGUCCUGGAAAAUCUGGAAAAGUGUCCAUGGAGGAAAAUCAUAAGUUGAAAGAUACACUGGAACAACAACUGUCAGAACUAGAAACACUUCGAAACGCCAUACAAAGAGAAAGGCAGAUCAUCCUGACAUUGAACGAAAAUGAACCCAAAUUGAAUGGUGCCAUUAAUGCUGAUCUGGAGGCUGAAUUAAAAAACAUUCAAGAUUUGCGGAAGGAAUUGGAAGCAGUUUUGGAAAAAAAUAACAAAAUGACGCUGAACUUGGAGCAGCAGUAUAUUCUGUAUGGUGGGAGAUUUACUAACGAUUUUACAACUGGAAUGAUGAGCGAGUUGAAUUCAGAUCUUGAUGCACUUAAAAAAGAGUUGGAACAGAAGAAGAUAGAAAACAAUACAUUGCUGGCCCAGCUGUAUGACAUGAAGUACAUCCACAGGGAUCACGAUCUUCUACGUGAGGCGGUGCAGACAUCACCCAGAAGUGAGAAUCGAUGGAGCAUGUCCAGCACAAGUUCCUCUUCCACACCAGAGUUUGAUGUUCCCUUGAACCGGCAGACGUUGUCGGAUAUGAGUGCCCCCAUGUUGAGGAGAUACAUCCGGCAGAUUCAGAAACAAUUGGACACAACUAUGCAUGAGAAAGACGAACUUCAAGGGAGGUUGAACCUCUCACAGAGAGUGAAUGCUCGUGAAAUUCCUGGAAAGAAUGAAGAUGAUUUCAAUAGCAUUCCUCAUCUUAGAAUGGAGAUUGUGAGUUUGCAGAGCAAGCUAGCUACAACAGAAAAUGAUUUGAAAUUGUUACGGGAAAAGUUUGGAUUGGAUGAGAACACUCCAUGUAGAUACUCAGAACUUCCAGAAGUGUCUGAUAUACAGAGAGAAAAUGUUAAACUGAAGAAUGACUAUAGAAAUGCUUUGGACAAAGUUUCUUCUUUACAAGAACAGAUUGAUAAUUCCAUGAAAAUUCAGCGAGAGAAAUUGGAUAAAGUCAGCCAAACAAUGGCUUGGGGUGGAUUGAUUCCAACUCUUGGACCAAAAUCAUUAGAUAUGAAGGUCUCAAGCAAAAAGAAUUCUAGUCAGAUACCUAGACCCCACAAAGCAGGCCAGCCUAUGAAUGGGGACCACUCUCAUCUGCAGAAACCAGAAAUUCUUCGAGAAAUGCUGUCUGAGUCUAGAAAUAGAAUCGGUGAUCUGGAGUCCAAGUUGGAGGCUACUGAGGGAACUGUCAGAAUACAAACACAGAAGAUGAAGCACUAUAAGGCUCUUCUGGAGGACCAUGGUUUGUUGGCCAAAAGUCCCUGUGUCAGCCGCUCUCAUAGUGAGACCAAUCUGGCUGCCUUCAUGGCAACAGACUCCAAGAUCCCAGUCAUGAAAAGAGCCAUGUCUAAUGAGCACUUGCAUUGUCAUGGAAAACCUGUCGAGGGGCAAAAGAGACAUGGCAGCGACAGCAGUGAGGGAUCUCAGGAGGACAGCCUCCUUCCUACACAGACUUUAGUAGAUCUCCAGGGAAGAAUUGCUACAUUACAUCAAAGCCUGCAGGAGACCAAGAAUAAUAACUUUGAACUACAGCAAAAACUGUGGGCCAAGCAAAAUUCAGAACAAAUCAUUGUGGACCUGAAAAACCAACUUGGGCAGAGCAGGGAAACAAUUGAUGCCCUGGAAAAACAACUAAAGUCUUAUCAGGGAUCCUCCAUGCAAGAGGUGCUGGAACUGCAACGGGAUGAGAUAGCUAGUCUGAGAAAAAGGAUGUGUGACUCACAAAAUAGCUGUGUUCAGUUGAAUCAGUGGCUUGGAGACCUGAGUAUGUGUUUGGAUGGACUUAAUGAAGAUGAAAUGUGUGGUAGUAUCAAGCAAAAGGUGCAACAGACUCGCAUGGUGGCCAAGUCACUGUCACAUCUUCUGGAUGCAGAUAGUGAUGACUCUGGAAAUGAAGGUAACCAACAUCUGCAAGGCAGACAUUCUCCGACAAAGUCUCCCAAAAGAGAAGGAAGAAGACUGGCUGAAGAACUGGAGGCUAAGGAUGCAGAAAUCAAAUCUUUGAGGGAGGAAUUAGAAGAAAAGAAAUCCUUCAUUGGUCGAUUAAACACUAAUUUACUUAUAGCUCAGAGACAAUUGUUGAGCUGGCAAGAUUGUGGAAAAGGGUCAUCCACUUCUGGCACAAGUGCUGCUGAUGGAAAUGUCUUUGAUAGCAGUCACCAUGGAGCAAGGGACAUCUUUCACAGGGACAGUCUGUCACCAGCUUCUCAGACAUCCAACAGGCUGGCAGGGGACCAUGACACUUCUGUCGAGAAGGUCAGGCAUAACAGCGAGAUGACGCAGAGUUCUAGGAGGUCAUCAGAGGACAUUGAAGUGCAAGAUACUACUGUGACGUCGAGUCGUACUGACGGUUCUCUGCAACAUCGCAAAGGACCAACUAGAAAUGUGAGUGAGAAGAUGGACUUUGAAAACAGGAGCAUUGCUUCUUUUGGGUUGUGUGGUUUUAACUCUGAUGAACGUUUGUAUGGUAAUGCCAGAUUCGCUGACAGAGACAUGUUUGAUCAUAGCUUGGUAGUGAAUGGCCAUGAUGAGGCAUCUUUCCUAGAAAAUAGGGACUUCUUUGAAGAUGUGAACAAGUUCAGUGACGUUGAUGACUCGUGUGUGACACAGCGUUCAAGUUUCAUGAACAGAAGUGUGGCUGUUCAAUCGACGGAAGUUCAACAGUUGAAGUCCCGUUUGAAUGUGAUGGAGGACUUGAACAUGACCCUGAAGGAUGAACUUCAGGCAUACGAAAACUUGUGUUCAUCAAUAGGUAUUCAGAGUUCACCAAGGAAAUCGCCAAGGAAAUCAUCAGAUGAUAAUGAUUUGUUGAGAGAACAUCUGUCCGAAAUCCGAUCUCUGCGGAUUAAGCUAGAGAAAUCCCUGAAAGACAGUGAGAAGCUGAGCCAGAAACUACAGCAGGAUAUGGAGGAGUCCCAUUCAUCAAGUAGUACCACCAGUGUAUACAUGUAUAGCCAACAUCAAGCACACAUCAACGAAUUACAAAGAGCCAUCGACAAACUGAAGGCACAGCUACGGGAGAAAGAGAACAACAUUACUGAGAAAAUCACCAUUAUCAGAGAAAAAGAGAAGAUCAUCCACGAAUCAAAAACCAUCAUUACUGACAAGGAAGAGAAAAUGAGUGAAAUAUUGCGGGAGAAGGACGAGCAGACACGAUCCAGCCAACAGACGUUAGUUGUACAGCAAAGGCGGAUUGAGAAGCAGGAUGAAACCAUUCGGCAGCUGAAGGAGAAGUUGGAGCUCCAAGUUGAAAGUCUCCACCAACAAGAGUCAAAGCUGAAAGAACAAUAUGAAGUCAUCCAAAAGCAGGAACUACAGCUGGCUGAGGCUGUGGAUGAUUUAUCUCACAAAGAGACCACAUUAAGUAAACAGUACGAGCUUCUCCAGCAACAGGACCUACAGAUCGACAAACAGAAGGAACUGAUCGACCAGAAAGACAGAAGUUACCGCUCACUAGAGGAGGAACUAGACAUGGUGACCAGUAAACUUCACCACCUGCAGAGGACUGUGGGAGGCACCGAAGGGGGAUCAGCAGACCACGGGGAGGCGGGGCUUCAGGACAAGGUGGAACAGCUGGAAAAGACCGUCAGCUCGCAGAACAAGAAGUUGAAGCAGCAAGAAAAGUGGUUGACAGAAAAAGACAAGACCAACUACAAACUACAGCAGAUCAGGGAGAGGCUAGACGAGACUCUUAAAAAGUCAGCUAAGGAGAUUAAAAGGUUAAAAGAUGAGAUGAGGACACUGAAGGAUCAGGUACAGGAAAACAAAGAUUUAAACAAAACUCUGAAGCUGGAAUUGAGUGUCUAUGAAACACUUGAGAAUACGGAAAAUCAAGGAUUGAGCAAUGGAAAACACGGGAGCUUUGACAUGAGGGAAUUCCUGACGGAGAUUCGCCACCUUCGAACUCAGUUAGAAAGGUGUAUAGAGACCAACAAUGAACUCCGGAAGAAACUGGAGGAACAUCUGAGGAACAAAAGUCAACGACAGAGAAUAUCAGCAACAAAUAUGUAUUACACCAAGAAGCCAGGCUCUGUCACAUCUCAGGAUGUACCCGAUGGCCUGCCGAGUGUGGAGCAGAUGUCGGGUGGAUUCAGAGAUCACCAUGAAUCCUUUGAAAUUCUCCGAGUUGCUGCUGAGGAAGACUCCAGGAAGAGCUUGUCUCCAGAUUCCUGCAUCAGUGAUUGUGCCUCAGGUUCCUCAUCAAACCUUGGGAAAUCUGGAUUUGGGGUGGCAACUUGGCCAUUGAUGGCAGACAGUUCAAAGAAGGCUAUAGAGAGCAAGUCCAGUCCAGGGGGAACAUUCCACAGGGAGGACUUCACGGUGAGGUCCUCUCGACUUCACCACUCAGAUGGAAAUCUAUCAUACCAUGUCGAUGACUCACCGUGUAUAUUAGCAGAAAUGACAUCACAACAGGUCGAUUCAGAUCUGCGAACUUUGUUUGCCUUUGGAAAAUUGGAUGAUUUUGAGAAACUGAAGAAAGAAAAUGGAGAGUGUGCGAUUGUGCUUAAAGGAAUAGAGGCACGUAUUCAGGAUCGUCUCAAGAUCUUCCGCAACAUGUCCCCAAGGGAGUUCAUCAAGGUAAAGCAUGUAUUGGUAUUCAUACCUUAUAUACACCCAGCAUCUAAUUAGUCUAAUCAGGCCAGUCCCUAAUUUUGCAUGUUAAGAAUUACUCUGAACUAUUUAUAUGACAAAUUAAGAGUGCUAGUUAGCUGAAGAAGAGUCUGUUGAACUGCAUGUUAUGUAGUAAUGGGUUUCUGCUGCUUAUUGGUGAGAGCUGAGUACAUACCUGUAUUUUAUGUAUAACCUUGAAACCAUUAUUCUAUAUAUCACGUUAGCAUGUAUCUGUCUCCUGAUUUUCUAUACGCAUGUACUGUCAGACUUGGGUUACAGCAAAUUCCUGAGGUUCCAUAGCUUUACUUUAUUAUAUUCAUAAUUCUCUAUAUCCAUAUAACAAAUUAUUUUUAUAAUUUAUAACGAAUUCAGAGUGAGAAAGGCAAAUUACCAAGCAUAAAAUAAGCCUGAUACUCUUACAAACACAGGGUCAUAUAAUUGAAAAACUAUGGUUGUAGAGAUAUUGUCAGAGAUUUAGCACUUACUGUUAUAUAUCCCCAAAAUACCACUAAGAAAUCUGUUACAGUUUGAUAGUUGUAAUGUCCCUGUAAUGUUCUGUGUGGUGGGUCUCUCGGGUCCGUGGCUAGCAGACAUUUGUCCAGCUACUUCGAUUCACUGUUCUGUGUGGUGGGUCUCUCGGGUCCGUGGCUAGCUACUUCGAUUCACUGUUCUGUGUGGUGGGUCUCUCGGGUCCGUGGCUAGCUACUUCGGUUCACUGUUCUGUGUGGUGGGUCUCUCGGGUCCGUGGCUAGCUACUUCGAUUCACUGUUCUGUGUGGUGGGUCUCUCGGGUCCGUGGCUAGCUACUUCGGUUCACUGUUCUGUGUGGUGGGUCUCUCGGGUCCGUGUCUAGCAGACAUUUGUCCAGCUACUUCGAUUCACUGUUCUGUGUGGUGGGUCUCUCGGGUCCGUGUCUAGCACACAUUUGUCUAGCUACUUCGAUUCACUGUUUGGUGACCAUCCACUGGUUUCAGGGUUUGAAUUUUAGGGUACUGUUCGUAUCGAUUACUAAGUCAACUGAGUGAGAAGGUGGUCUGGGACCCCGCAAUAAAACCAUUCCUCAUUAACAAUAUUGUUAGUAGACAAUAUACAGUUAGGUACACUAUGUAAAUUAUACACACAGAAAGUUACAGUGAGUGCAGCCUGAAUAUGCCUUACUUGCUAGAUUAUACAAAGUACAAUUACUUUUCUUGGAAAUACAUCACAUGUGGACCCUAACUGAACAUACUACAAAAACCUGUUAUAACAUUUAUAAUGUUACAGGUGUAUAUGAAUAAAAAUAGUGCAAACAUUUCUUAGCAAAUAUAUGUAUAUAUAUAAAGAAAAAAUAGUUUUAAAAUUACAACCCUGAUUCUGAAGCGCCUUCCUUCCAGACGAGCCGAAUGCUGACCAUGUGACUGUCUAAUUAUCACAUACUGUGUGCUAUUUCUCGACCAAUUCUUAGAUCUGUGUAUGUCUGACUACUCUUUAGUGUUUUAUACAUGAUCUAGCACAAUGAAUUUAAUUUGAUAGGUCCUUAUUUCUAUGUAUGAAAGUUGAACUUGAUGUCCAAACUUACAGGAGCCCUUGUUUCCUUUCCAACCACAUGUGAAGUAACACACACAAUGUAUAUGUUAUACAAAUAAGGCUUACCAGAGAUGUCCAUGAGUUGAAUUAAUUAUGAAUGAACUUAAAUUUCAACCUAUUUUACUUAUCUAGGAUAAAACCAAAUAGUUUAUGCUGCAGGAGUUUUUAUAUAAUGCCCUUGUAGAUUCUAAACUAUAUUAGUUUAGAAACAAAUAAGAAAUAUUAUUAACCCAUAUGUACCUUUAAUUCUGAUUGGUUCAAAUAGAGGAAAUAGUAUUAGUGGUUAGGGAUAUCUGAUAGUAAAAACAAAAGGGAGACAAUCUAAACAAUGUGGUAAAUGAAUUACAUAAAUCAAAAUGAUUCUCUAUGAAAAAGAAUCAAAAUGAGUUAUAUUCAUAAAUUCGCUAUAUCUAAAUUUAUUAUAAUAAAUUUUUUGAAAUAAAGAAAUAUGGAGAAUGUUACCCGGGAAUUCAGAAAAACUUUGUUAUAUCCAGAAAUUUGCUCUCACUGUAUGGUAUUUCACGAGCUUUACUGUACAUGUCGAGAAGUUGUAUGAUUACCUGUACUGUAAUGAAGCAUGUAGAUCUAUUGUAAUCUAUAUACUACGUGUAAUGAAGCAUGUAGAUCUAUUGUAAUCUAUACACUACGUGUAAUGAAGCAUGUAGAUCUAUUGUAAUCUAUACACUACGUGUAAUGAAGCAUGUAGAUCUAUUGUAAUCUAUACACUACGUGUAAUGAAGCAUGUAGAUCUAUUGUAAUCUAUACACUACGUGUAAUGAAUCAUGUAGAUCUAUUGAAGCAUGUAGAUCUAUUGUAAUCUAUACACUACGUGUACUUCGUUGACAAUACAUGUAAUGCAUUUUUUAGGUUUGAAGCUUUUGUAUACAACUGUAUAUGUACAUAAGCAUCAUCUGUAAUCUUAACAUUUAUUGCAAUACACAGGUAUAAAAAUUACAAACAAGUCAGCUAUGUUUUAAAUCAGGAAAAAUCAGUUUGACUCACCAGCAUACCUAUCAAUUAACCUUGAAAAGCAUGAAGUGAUUGAGCCAUAUAGUAUCGUUCCUUUUUGUCCGUCAUUCCAUCAGUUUUCUGGACAUUUUAUUGAGCUGUGCUUGUUGGUAAUGAGCUAAUACUUGGUAUUUCUCUUCCUAUUGAUGAUUUAUAGAUAAAGUUCGAGUUGUCCAAGUUGGCGUAUUUUCACCAAAAUUAUCACUUUGUGCCCUCAUGUAUUUUCAAAAGCGAGUUCCAUGUAGAUGACCUUAUUUCUAAAUGUGCUUGAUAUUUUAUUGUUUUGGCAUAUCAUAAUUUCCAAAGAAAACUUGCAUAUUUAACACAGAUUGAAACCUGAUUAUGUUUGGUUUCCAUAACAAACAAUAAAUUAAUGGAGAAAUGGAAUGGAAUGUUAUGAAUUAUUUUACCUUUCUUUGGUUUGCUUCAGUGUACUUUUCAAGCCGUGUCUUGUUUUCACAGAAUAUGGAGUAUAGCACUUUGAAGGAGCUGUCUUUGAGUGUGGAGAAUCUUAGGAUCUGUCUGAAUGAGGAGACAUCCCUCCUAGGCUGCUUCUGGACCAGCUCCCUCCCAAAAGAAGGGGUGGAAUCAAAGCUUUUA